AAGACCUUGGAUGAGAUUCUCCAGGAGAAGAAGCGCCGGAAGGAGCAGGAGGAGAAGGCAGAGAUAAAGCGCCUGAAAAAUGUAAGCCAUGCUUUUUAAGUCCAGGGUUUCCUUAAAGGAGAUUUAAUUUCUUUGCCCUCGUUUUUCCAUUAGAACAACGCUUCUGCGGUGAAGUUCUUUUGUACUUCCAAAUGUCGCAGUCUGAUGACCGGGAUUCCAAGCGGGAUUCCCUUGAGGAGGGGGAGCUGAGGGACCACCGCAUGGAGAUCACCAUCAGGAACUCGCCCUACAGGAGGGAGGACUCCAUGGAGGACAGAGGAGAGGAAGAUGAUUCUUUGGCUAUCAAACCACCCCAGCAAAUGUCUCGGAAAGAAAAAGCUCAUCACAGGAAAGAUGAAAAGAGGAAAGAGAAACGUAGGCAUCGUAGUCAUUCGGCAGAAGGGGGCAAGCACGCCAGAGGGAAGGAGAAAGAGAGGGAGCACGAGCGCCGGAAACGCCACCGAGAAGAGCAGGACAAAGCACGCAGGGAGUGGGAGAGGCAGAAGAGGAGGGAGAUGGCGCGAGAGCAUUCCAGGAGAGAGAGGGACCGCCUGGAGCAGCUGGAACGGAAGCGGGAGCGAGAGCGCAAGCUGCGGGAGCAGCAGAAGGAGCAGCGGGAGCAGAAGGAGCGGGAGCGGCGCGCAGAGGAGCGGCGCAAGGAGCGAGAGGCCCGGAGGGAAGUUUCUGCACAUCACCGGGCAAUGAGAGAGGAUUAUGGCGACAAAGUGAAGGCCAGCCACUGGAGCCGCAGCCCGCCACGGCCAUCCCGAGAGAGGUUCGAGCUGGGAGACGGCCGAAAGCCAGUGAAAGAAGAGAAGAUGGAAGAGAGAGACCUGCUGUCCGACCUGCAGGACGUCAGUGACAGCGAGCGGAAGACCAGCUCCGCCGAGUCCUCCUCAGCGGAGUCGGGGUCAGGCUCCGAGGAGGAGGAAGAGGAGGAAGAGGAGGAGGAGGAGGAGGAAGGGGAGGGGAGCAGCAGUGAGGAGUCAGAGGAGGAGGAGGAGACCGGCAGCAACUCCGAGGACGCGUCUGCGCAGUCUGCAGAGGAAGUGAGUGAGGAAGAAAUGAGUGAAGAUGAAGAGCAGGAGACCGAGAACCACAUCCUGGUUGUUCCAGAGUCACGAUUUGACCGAGAUUCCGGGGAAAGUGAGGAAGGAGAGGAGGACAUCGGUGAGGGAACCCCGCAGAGCACCGCCCUGACUGAAGGAGAGCUCGUGCCUGACUCCCCAGCCCUGUCGCCCAUCGAGCUCAAACAGGAGCUGCCCAAGUACCUGCCUGCCCUGCAGGGCUGCCGGAGUGUGGAGGAGUUCCAGUGCCUGAACAGGAUUGAGGAGGGCACUUACGGGGUGGUAUACAGAGCCAAGGACAAGAAAACAGAUGAAAUUGUGGCUCUAAAGCGGCUGAAGAUGGAGAAGGAGAAGGAGGGGUUCCCGAUCACCUCGCUGAGGGAGAUCAACACCAUCCUCAAGGCGCAGCACCCAAACAUCGUGACCGUGCGGGAGAUUGUCGUGGGCAGCAACAUGGACAAGAUUUACAUCGUGAUGAACUAUGUGGAGCAUGACCUCAAGAGCCUCAUGGAGACCAUGAAGCAGCCUUUUCUGCCAGGGGAAGUGAAGACCCUAAUGAUCCAGCUGCUGUGCGGCGUGAAGCACCUGCAUGACAACUGGAUCCUGCACCGCGAUCUUAAGACAUCCAACCUGCUGCUGAGCCACGCCGGCAUCCUCAAGGUGGGAGACUUUGGGCUGGCGCGGGAGUACGGGUCCCCCCUGAAGGCCUACACCCCUGUCGUCGUGACCCUGUGGUACCGCGCCCCGGAGCUGCUCCUGGGUGCCAAGGAGUACUCUACAGCGGUGGACAUGUGGUCUGUGGGCUGCAUCUUUGGGGAACUGCUGACCCAGAAGCCACUGUUCCCCGGGAAGUCUGAAAUCGAUCAGAUCAACAAAGUGUUUAAGGACCUAGGGACCCCCAGCGAGAAGAUCUGGCCUGGCUACAACGAGCUCCCCGCUGUGAAGAAGAUGACCUUUACCGAGUACCCCUACAACAACCUGCGCAAGCGCUUCGGCGCCCUGCUCUCAGACCAGGGCUUUGACCUCAUGAACAAGUUCCUGACCUACUUCCCUGGGCGGAGGGUCAGUGCAGAGGAUGGCCUCAAGCACGAGUAUUUCCGCGAGACCCCCCUCCCCAUCGACCCCUCGAUGUUCCCCACGUGGCCUGCCAAGAGCGAACAGCAAAGGGUGAAGCGUGGCACCAGCCCGCGACCCCCUGAGGGAGGCCUGGGCUACAGCCAGCUGGGUGACGAUGACCUGAAGGAAACCGGCUUCCACCUCACCACCACCAACCAGGGGGCUUCGGCUGCAGGCCCUGGCUUCAGCCUCAAGUUCUGAGGUUCAGAGUGGACCCCAGACCAACAGCGGGGACCAGGGGCACGAGCUGGAGGCAGCCUCUGGGUCAGACCCAGGUCCUGCCCCGACGAGGCAGCUGCUGCAGCCUGGGCUGCAGAAUAGUGUUGGGCUGGUCUUGUUCCGUUUUCACAUUUCAUUUCUGUCUUAUCUCGGCUUGUAAAUUUGUAGAAUUAAAUCUUAUUUCCUUGUGGAAGAAAA